AUGGAUUAUGAAGACGACGUAGAUUGCACGGAUCAAAUUUGUCCCCCUCCACCAGACUAUGUCCCUCAGCCCGAAAAUGAAAAGAAUGCUUUCGUUUCAAAUGUUAUGCUUCCCACUGUCUCAGAAGAUGCAGCAAGAGAUGCUUUACUGCAGUUUGUGGGUAAAAAGUGGACAUAUAGCAGCAAGCCUGCCAAAAAUCUGAUCUUUAAAGACAUGAAGCCUUUUACAGUUUACCGUUACCGCUUGGAAACAUUUACAGAGUCCAGAUCAAGUGUUUGGGAAUCAGAGCCACACACAGGUCAGUGUGUGGAUGGGCCUGAGAAUGGAGCGAGUCCUCCACCGUGGCAGGUCCAGGUGUCCUACCCACCCAAAUUCACUGAUGUUGUUCAGAAAGUCAGGGUGCCGCACUCCUCUUUUAUAAAGCCUUGUUACCGAUGUCAAGGUAACGGCCGAGUCAGGUGCACGCACUGCCGUGGAAAAGGAUGGACUCGUUGUAUGUUUUGUCACGGCUCUGGUCACGGCCGCCACCGACGGUGUAGGAACUGUCACGGUAGAGGAAGAAGAAGAUGUGUCUCUUGUCACAGAAAGGGUUACAAAAUCUGUGUAACGUGUACUGGCCACAGAAACCUCGUGCAUUUCAUACGACUCACAGUUACAUGGAAAAACCAGGUGUCUGAGUUCAUACCUGACCGCGUGCCUGAAUUCCCACUAAAGAAGUUUGACAAGGGGUCUGGGGAAGCCUUCUUUGUAGAUGAAAACCUCCUGGUCUAUCCGGUAGAUGGCUUUCCCGAACAGGACAUCUGUGAGGCUUCAAAAAGGACAAUUCAGAGUCACUUGCUCAAAUAUUCUGCUGUUAGCCGCAUCUUGCAGCAGCGACAAACAAUUGAGCUGGUUCCUCUCACUCACGUUUUCUACACGUACAAUGGGAAAGACUACGAUUACUUUGUUUUUGGUAGAGAAAACAAGGUUCACACCACCAAAUAUCCCUCAUCCUGCAGUAUUUUGUAG